GUGACAGCGACGUACAGUAAAGUGACGUUCCCAUUGGUCACGUGACUCUGUACAGUAAGCCCAACAUGGCAGACGGUGUGGGUCGCUAACUAAAGGCAACAUUUCAACUAAGACUGUCAAAUUAAACACUACUCCGCAGGAGGACGUACGCAAUGAGGGAGAGCCAGAAGAAAAAGAAGGGGAGGACAUGGGCGGAAGCCGCAAAAACGGUUCUGGAAAAAUACCCUAAUACACCCAUGAGCCAUAAAGAAAUUUUACAAGUGAUCCAAAGAGAAAGGCUUAAAGAAAUCAGAAGUGGAACCUCACCUCUGGCAUGCCUGAAUGCAAUGCUGCACACAAAUUCUCGAGGUGAAGAAGGAAUCUUUUACAAAGUUCCAGGCAGAAUGGGAGUUUACACACUCAAGAAGGACAUCGCAGAUGUGGUGAAGAAGAUGUCAGAGGAGGUCUCUGAUGACAGCAGUGACAAUCUGUCUGACUCCAGAAGCACAGAGAAUACUGCUGUCACUCAAGAGGGCUGUAAAGGAAGGUGGAUGCGAAGAGUUCCCUCCAAGCUGCAGUCACAACCGUCAUCUCCGCAGCCUCAGUGCUCGUCACCUCCCCUCACCACCACUAAAGUCAUCUCUCCCUCACAAAAACACAGCAAGAAAGCUUUGAAGCAGGCCUUGAAGCAACAGCAGCAGAGGAACCAACGCAGACAGGGUGGCAUGCCAACCAUCUCCAGCUCCAGAAUUCUUUUGAAAACCAUUAAAGAUAUGGCAGAUAAUAUUACAACAAAGACUGAAUUGUGCCACCCAGUUGUACCCAGAAAAGUUUCCCAGAGAUCUGGUCGCCUCAGUACAGGGCAGAUAAAACGUACAAAGUACAAAAUAGAUGUGGAGACACCAGACUCUAUUUUGGUUAACACAAACCUAAGAGCAAUCAUCAACAAGCAUACCUUCUCAAUCUUGCCUCUAGAUUGCCAACAGAAACUGCUCAAACUCCUACCUGAAGUUGAYCGACAGGCAUGCUUGGAUGGCCUCCUGAAGGUCACUGGCUCUGCCUUAAACAAUGAAUUCUUCACAUCGGCAGCACAGUCAUGGAAGGAGAGGUUGGCUGAAGGGGAAUUCACUCCUGAGUUGCAGCUUCGAAUGCGUCAAGAAAUUGAGAAAGAAAAGAAAGUUGAGCUUUGGAAGGAAGCUUUCUUCGAAAAUUAUUAUGGAGAAAAUUCAGGCCUCAGCUAUGAGGAAUCCAAAGAGCUGACAAAGGCUGUGCCAAAUCAGAAGUCUGCUAGGCCUCGGACCCCCCCUGAUCAGACAAGACCUGUCACUAAAGCUCUGGAGGACACUAUGAACAGUAAUCUGAGGAAGGCUGCUGCUGAUGACAUUAAACCAACACAGACAUCACGAGAACCUCUCAAAGACCACCCUGGUCAGAAAGAGUCUGUGUCCAUCACAGAGCCCAUGAGGACACGGCGCUCACAUAAUUCGGAGGAUCGUAAGUUGAACCCAGCAGCACAGACUGGGUCGACGCCUGCUGGGAAAACACCAGAAGUUGAGAAAUUGACUGAAAACUGUUCACCAUCUGUAUCCCCUGAAAAGGAGCUUAAUGAGGAGAAGAAAGCUAAAGUCCCUCAGUCACCUGUAAAGGAAAGCCCUCCACCGAACGCUGGGACAGAUUUGCCAGAGGUUCAGCUGGGGACUCCUGUUAAACCUUCUGUUAAUAGUAAAGAUAUCACAGAGCCCAAUGUCACAUUAGACACUCAGAAAAGGAAAUCCCUCAGUGAGUUGGAGGGCGAGGUAACACCAGAGAAAAGACCCCGUUUGUCCUCAGUUUCUUCAGUGUCUUCAGUGUCUUCAUCUCCUUCAGCAUCAUCCWUGUCCAGCCCUGCUACACCUUCUCCAACAAGUCAGAAAGUUCCACCACUCAAGAUCUCUGUGUCAGGUAUUCUUCCUGUUCCUCUGUCACCCAAUCAAAUCUCACCAAGAACUCCUCUCCAUGUCCCACUUAGCAGCCCAGGACGCACUGGUGCUCGUACUUUGGCUGACAUUAAAGCCAAAGCUCAGCUUGCCCGAGCACAGCGAGCAGCAGCAGCAGCCGCAGCCACCUCAGGAUCAACAGCAUCAAGGGCAGUAGUUCCAGGCCCAGGUCCAGGGGGCGGUAGUAGUGAUCAGAAGCCACCCAGUUUCAGUCCCACCCCAACGUAUCCUCAGGCUUCAAACAGGUUAUUAGCCACCAGCAGCAGCAGCAGCAGCAAUCAGUCCAGUACACUGUCUCCUUCCCCAGUAAAUGCUCAUGAACUGCCAAUCUCAAGCUGGUCCCCGACUGACAGCACGCACAAAGGUAACCCUAUUGAUUUUGUCAGCACAGGAUCCUCAAACAUCCAAAAGAGUUUAAACACAUCAGCUCAGCCUUCAUCCACGUCUGAUACAAAGGAGCAGGUCGUCCCAAAGGGUUCUGGAUCACUAACCAGAACCAGUUCUUGCAUCCCUGCCAACAAUCCCUUGGUGACUCAGCUUCUGCAGGGCAAAGAAGUUCCACUGGAACAGAUCCUCCCAAAACCAUUGUCCAAGCUGGAAGUAAAAGUGUCCAACCUGCCCACACAGCCAGUGAGUAAAGUAAAGACGUCACAUUAUGUCGAACUAAAGGCUGAAAGGCCUGUGCUGCAGCAGGUCAACACAGCGGGACGGCCUGGGGGUUUCUCAGAAUACACAAAACAUUACAGGGAACUUCCCAAUAAGGAGACCCAGGAGCAGAUCCUCCAGGCACUAAUGCAGCGGAAAGAUAGGCAGAACCAGCUUACUGGAGGUUUAGACCCUCAGUCUUCACAGCACCGAGUGCAUCAGAUGAUGCWUGCAGAGGAGUGUCAGGACCAGUCCAGAAUUUCUGUUGGCUUUCUUUGUCGAAACAGGGUUCCCAGGCCAGCUAUGACGGGACAUUAUUUACUUAAUGUGUCAACAUAUGGCAGAGGAGCAGAAAGCAAGAAGCUGUCAGUUUUUCCCAACAAAGCCGGAUCAAGUUUAAAAAGGGAAAGCACAGAGAGGGAGGAGGUUGCUAAGGAAGACAUAGCCAAGAAAGUUUUCCUGACCAGUUGUGGGAUGAAAUCAGAGCAGCAGGGAUAUUCUAUAACAAAGUGUGAUGACACAGGAAACUUUCAGCACUGCUCCGCUAUAAAAACUGAGCCAGGAUCGGAGGACAGUGCAGCUGAUGGGGAUAACAACAACAACAUCAGUGCAAAAGCCAAAGACACCAGCCCUUUUUCUCAGCCACGCCAAAAUCACCUCGAACUCUGCAAUAGUACUCAAGGAAAGUCCGAGCCAUAUCUUUCCAACACGGACCCGAGUCACCAGCGGCCGACUGCCUUUCAAACCCAGAGAACAAUGGACAAUCAGGAAUCUGCAGUAGCAGCGUGCUACGGCGGCACGGUCAGCAUGUCUGUACCUCACACUCUGAACCACARCACCACAGGUACAGAGGUGGAUGGUGGGGGCAUCUGUGGGAGCGUCAUGUCCUUCUCAGUGACGGUUACCACCAUACCUGCCAGUUCCACAUUAGAACAUGGCGGUCAGGGCGAGCCCUCACCCAAUCCAUCGUUCACCGAGGGCUCCAACAUGGAGGACGUCAAGUCUAAAUGCUACUGCCGACUGAAGGCAAUGAUCAUGUGCAAAGGGUGCGGGGCCUUCUGCCAUGACGACUGYAUCGGCCCUUCAAAACUGUGUGUCUCAUGUUUGGUGGUACAAUGAUAUAAAAUAAUAAUCACUAAACAAUGUAAUUAUUUAACUUUUACACAUUGAGGCACAAAGCAGCAUCAGAGGGGUAUACUACGAAGCAAGUUCAACAAAGCUUGGCUUGACAGAAACUAAAACGCUUGUAAGAAAUCACAGGUACUACAAUGGUGGUUUUGAUGUUACUUUGUGAACUCAGACUUUCUGCUUUAGUCUMAGAUUGUGCUCACAUGAAAACAUCCCACUUUCGAUUCACUUUUUCCACUUAAAAUUAACAGAUUCAAUAAAUAAAGUUACGGGGGAGGAAAAAAAUUGCUUGUAUUAAUAGAAAGUGAAGAGCAUUGGCUCAAGAGCCUAAUGGGGGAAAUAAAAUAUUCCUCAUACAAUUUGCUGAAAACUGUUGAUUAUAAUAAAUCAGAUAUGGUACUUGCUGCUGUUUAGGUUGGGACAAAAAAGAUUUGAAAUUUAUUUUACAAUCARGAAGUUUAUUUAGCUCUGACACUGUCCCUUAAUGUGCAGAUCACUUUAUUGAGCAAAUCAAGUCUGUUAUUUAUUAAAUAUUUAAUUUACAGAAGUACUAUCAAAUUACUUCUAUAACUGUUUUAUCAAAAUUACAGCAAAUUCAGACAAAAUCUAAAAUAAGAUGUUGCAGUUACAGUCCAUUAUUUAUCAUUAAUUGAUUCAGUUUGUUACGCAAUUCUUUGUUUUAAGCUUACUGCAUYUAAUGGCACAGAGUUGAAACAUGGCUUAGAAGUGAAUUCAAGUUUCUAAGCCAUAUUUUUCUGUUUUUCUCCUAUGCUGAAAAUCAYGUGAGUUAAAUUAUGAAAAAAAUUCUGCUCAAACUCAAUUAUUAAUUAUAGCAGUGGUGUCCAUUUCUGGUCCUCAAGGGCCACUGUCCUGCAUGUUUAAGAUGUUUUUUUUGCUUCAACACACUUGAUUUGAAUUAAUGAGUGAUUAACAGGCUUCUGCAGAACAUGAAGACACGAUAAAGAGCAGAGAAACAACUACAAUAUUCAGGACAGAGGAUCCUCAAGGACCAGGAUUGGACAGUAGUGGAUUAUACUUAUUUUAUUUGACAGAUAGGAUGAUUAAAUAAAAUCAAUCUGAAAAAAAAAAAAMAAWAUAAAUGUAAAAAAAACCCAACCACAACUAUAGGAUUAUUAGACACUGUGUCUGUUUCACAUUCAGAAUCUGAAAGUUGGUUCCACAGGAGAAGAGCUUGAUAAUUAAAAGCUCUGCCUCCCAUUCUACAUUUAGAAACUCUAGGAACCACAAGUAAACCUGCAGCCUGUUCGCAAACUGCUCUGUUAGGAGAAUAUGGAACAAGUUCUGUAAUAUAUGGAGCUUGGUUCAGAGUUUUUUUCAUCUUAAUAGGAAGAUUUUAAAUUCUGUUUUGAUAUGACAGCGAGCCAGUGACAGCAGAGUGUUUAAGUUCAUGAUCUCUGACAAGCUGACAUUURUUUUAAAUGUUGCACUCAGGCAGAUGUUGAGUCAGAUUUCUGUAUGGGAUAUCUUUAGGAACAGAUUUGGUAAAUAGGUUUUGCUUAUUACUGACUAAAACUCCUAAGUCUCUGCUACCAUGGAGAUUCUAGAUGCGUUUAAGAAAAGACGUGAACUGAACUCUAUAACUUUCAGCUCAUCAUAGCUGAUUAAGUGGAAAUUCUAACUUCGUAGUAUCCCCCUCAGGUUAUUUCAAGUCGAAACCACACUCACCAACACAAACCAGCCACUGUCUGUUGGAGAAGCUAGAAUUUACACUGGAUGAUCUUGUUUUUUCACAAUCAUUUUAUACUGAGGCAGUUAUAAAGUAGAAAUAAAUUUUUAAUCAGUCUAUUAAUCUGUCAAGUUCGUGAGAAAUCUCCGAUGUUUGCACUCAGCUAGAUUAGUGUAAUAUAUAUUUUUAUAAACUUGUGUAUUUUUAAAAAAAUAUGGGAGGGAAAAUGAAUGUUGCUAUUUUUUAGGACUUCAUGACUGUUGUGCUUUUAAAUGGAACCUUUUUAUUAUUGGGUCAAAUAGAUUAUAGUU